AUGGCGGCAUACUUUGUCGUCUUUAGUUUUAUUGUGUUUGUACUUUUAAUGGGUCCUUCACAGAAAUUCAGAAAUGGGCCGAUUGGCAUGAUACAUCGUUUCCUGACAGUCACUCUAGUAAACGGAAUAGCGAGCGUAAAUAGGCGCAUAUGUGGCACUCGCCUGUCUGGUAAAUUUGAUGGUAUAUAUCGAUACCUAAUGGAAGAGAAAAAUCCUGCAUUACAGAUGGUGUAUCUUUUUCUAAUAACUGGUGCUGUCUAUGCAUUUUAUGUGUCUGUAUGGCCACAUAUUCCCGGACCAUAUCUUUCUAGGAUUCAUUUAUACACUUCGAACCUUAUAAUCAUAUUUACAUAUGCGACGAUGUUCAUUGCAAGUCGGAGCGACCCGGGAAGAGUCACGCGAGAAAACGUGUUUAAAGCUUGCAAAGCAUUCCAGUAUGACUUGGUGUUGUUCGAACCCAAACAAUGUAGAACUUGUCUAAUACAAAAGCCUGCUCGCUCCAAGCAUUGUUCGCUCUGCAACGUGUGCGUUGCAAAAUGCGAUCAUCAUUGCGCAUGGAUCAAUAAUUGCGUUGGUUUAAAGAACUAUCGGUACUUUCUACUAUUUCUUUACGCAACAAUUCAAAUAUGUUUCUACGGAACAUACCUGGUUGUCUACGCAUUUAUGGGUAUUGCAAAGGAUAUGAACUUGAUGUCCGCUUAUGUGUCUAACAUUCAAACAGGCAAAAGUAUGCCAAUAACAACUUAUCAAGCCGUGUUGUUUUUAAUCCACCAACAAAGACUCUUGGGUGCGUUAGGCAUUUUCGCAUUCUUAGUUGGUUUCGUGAUUCUUGCUUUCCUAGGCUAUCAGUUGAGUUUGAUCAAAAGUGGCAUGACAGCAAAUGAAGCAUUCAAGUGGGAGGACCUUGACGAAAUAAUCCAAAUGGGAGAGCUUUACAUGCACGAGAAGGAGUUCGAUGUAGAUGAUGCCAAACUAGCCAAACACGCUAAAAUAUCAAAGAAAAUAAAGCUUUAUUGGAACGAAACAGCAGAAGAACGGAAGCAGAGGUUGGGUGGCCCAAGGGGUAAGAAUGAUUAUGAUGGAACACAAGUUCAAAGUGUUAAAGAAGUCGAGAACAUAUUUGACAAGGGAUUCUGGGGAAAUUUGAAAGAAAUCUUCUUUCCACCUUCUAUAGAUAAUUGA